GGAUAAGAGCAGAGCCACAGUCGCCCGCGCACGACAUCCUCACUACCCUCACGACCACCCCGACGUCGAGCCUAUCGACGGCGGCGGCAACGAUGAACAUCGCUACCACCGCGGCGCCCGAGCCGCUCCUUGCCCUGCGCAUAGUCUCGCCUGCUCUCGUGCUCUUGUCUGCCCUGUCCAUCUCUCCGUCACCCAUUACCCCCGUCGUCGUCGCCAGCCGUACACCCCGCAGAGCGACCAUCCUCGCUCUUCUCUCCCUCUCCGGCCUUACCUUCUUCCUUGAUGGCUUGACGUUCGUCGUCUACGCCGUGCUGCGCAAAGUGUGGCCCGCAUACACCGGCAUUGAGGUCAAUGCCGUUCUCGGUCUGAUUGCAUUUGCGGGACUGGCCGCCCUCGGUGCUUGGAAGGAUAUCCAAGGCGUCGACGUCUGGACGUUGACCAGGCUCAAGUUGAGCAUCCUCGUGGCGUUUGCCUUGGAUCUUGCCCAGAUUGUUCUGCUGGGUUCGUCCCUGCACGGGCCCUUCUCCAUUGAAUCAUUGCUCCACUUUGUCUUCCCCGCUUUCCGCGUCCUGGUCCUUAACGGCGACCACUCGUCUCGCAGCGAGACGAGUCUGCUUCUGCCCGCAGAAGAAGGCGCAGCACCCUCUACCGGCCUCGCACCCGUCUCAGCUGAGAACGGCAAGUACGGCACCUUCCGCCCGACAGCGCGUUCGACGCUGCACGCAUCGGGGCCGACUACGCGCACCCAUACACCGGCGCCGUCGUCCGUUGCGGUCUCCCCGCUGAAGGGGAGGGAUGUCAAGGAGGAGGUCGCCCUCGACCCGUCAUGGAGCGAGAUCAUCGCGCGCAUCCGCCGCAUCUCUCCCUAUCUGUGGCCGUCCAAGAGCUUCGCCCUCCAGACCCUCGCUGCAUUCUGCAUCGUCGUUGUACUUAUCGGCCGUGUCGUGAACAUCCUCGUGCCGUGGGUCUUCGCAGAGCUCGUGCACAUGUUCGAGGAAGGCGCGUACACGACCAAGAUAUGGAUCUAUCUCUUCGCGUACGUUGGUCUUCGCUUCCUGCAGGCCAGCGGUGGCCUGUCGGCCCUGCGCGAGACGCUCUGGGCUCCGGUCAUGCAGUACUCCGACCGAGAGAUGUCCCAGCUUUCUUUCGAGCACUUGCUCAACCUCUCCUUUGCAUUCCAUCUCCGCCGCAAGACGGGCGAGAUCCUGCGCAUCCUCGACCGCGGCGCGGCGAUCAACCGCGCAUUCGAGCUGCUCCUCUUCAACGUGAUCCCGACGUUCAUCGACAUCGCGAUCGCGCUCGUGCUGUUCGCUGUCUGGUUUGAGUGGACGCUCACGCUGGUCGUGUUCUUAGUCAUGGCUGCGUACGUCUCUGCGAGUGUCAUCCUCACGAGGUGGCGGACCAGGCUGCGGAGGCAGAUGGUUGACCGCGAUGUGAUCACUCGUGGUAUCCAUACGGACUGCCUACUUAACUACGAAACUGUGAAGUACUUCUGCGGCGAGCAGCACGAGGCGGACCGCUACAGCGAUGCCAUCCGCGCGUACCAGAGCCUGGAGUACAAAGUCAUCCUCUCUUUGAACCUGCUCAAUCUGGUGCAGAACUUCAUCAUCACCCUUGGCCUCCUGGUUGGUUCGAUGAUCGUAGCGCUGCGGGUGACAAGGGGACAGUCUAAGUCUUACGAGUUUGUGUUCUUCAUCACGUACCUUGCACAGCUCUACGGCCCGUUGAACAUGCUCGGCACGAUCUACCGGUCCAUCAACCAGACGCUGGUCGACACUGAGAAGCUGCUCAAGCUGCUGAACGAACCAACGGAAGUGAACGACAAGCCGGACGCACCUGACCUGAUCGUCACUGACGGCGAGAUCGCAUUCGAGAACGUCAGCUUCUCGUACGACGGCCGCAACCAGGCGCUCAGCAACGUGUCGUUCAAGGUUCCCAAGGGCUCGUCCGUCGCGCUCGUCGGCGAGUCCGGUGGCGGGAAGUCGACCGUGCUCCGGUUGCUCUACCGGUUCUACGACCUGCAUGAGGGUGACGGACGCAUCUUGAUCGACGGCCAGGAUAUCCGAGACGUGACCCAGCUGAGCUUGCGCAAGGCGAUUGGGGUUGUCCCCCAGGAUAGUGUUUUGUUCAACGCGAGCAUUGCCUACAACAUCGGGUAUGGCAGGUUCGGUGCCACUUCUGAGGAUAUCGAGGCUGCGGCGAAGGCCGCGCAGAUGCACGAGCGGAUCCUGAGUUUCCCGGACGGGUACGACACCCGGGUGGGCGAGCGCGGUGUGAGGUUGAGCGGGGGGGAGAAGCAGCGUGUGGCGAUCGCGCGGACGCUCCUUAAAAACCCGCCCAUUCUUCUGCUCGACGAGGCUACGAGUGCGCUGGAUACGGCAACGGAAAAGGACAUCCAGAAGGCGCUGCAGCACCUCGCGGAGGGACGGUCGUCAUUGGCGAUCGCACACAGGCUUUCGGUGCAUGGACAGAUCGUGGAACAGGGAAACCACAGCGAACUGCUCGCGCUGAACGGCGAAUUUGCAAAGAUGUGGGCGGCGCAGGUUCAGGGUGCCGAAGACGUGCCGUCUGCUGCUUCGCUCAAGAAGGAGGGUGCGAGUGGAUAUUCGGUCGAGGACUCUACGACGAAGGAGGGCACGGAGCCUGCGGUCGAGCACUUCGUGGACUCGCCUGGUGCGGUGGACGCCGAGCUAGCGCAGAUCGACGCCGAGGGUGGGCACGAGGCUGCCGAGGGUAUAUCUGGGGAUGAUGUCGCGGAUACUCCGGCGGUAGAGCCAGGUGCGGAAGCGACCGAGACCCCAUCGGGUGCCGCGCCGGACGAGGCUGGAGCGGAGGUCUCCGCGCCCAGUGCCGCUGAGCAUUCGCAAGAGGCUACCGCUGCCUCGGUGGGCGAGGAUGAUCAGGCUCCUGUGGCCUUCCCGUCUGACGCAGCGGAUGGAGCGCGCCCCUCAGCUGACGGCGCGGCGCCCGUGGCCUUCCCGGGUUCCGGGGCGUCUGCACCAGUCGCGUUCCCGGGGGGCGACGAUGGCGCGUCCCAAAAGGCGAUGUCGAUUCCUGAGCGUGCGCAGACGCCACAGCACACGCAGGGCGUGACCUUCCAGGACGCGCAGUCGCUGCCCCACUCUGGGGCCGCGAGCCCGGAUCCCGACGGGAAGCGCAGAAGGACGCUGUCGACGCAGGGCAUCCAGCGGUUCGCACGGAGGCUGUCGACGCGCGGGGACUCUGUCUCGAGCACGCCUGGCAAGACUGGCGGGUUCAUGGCGGCGCUGCGGCGCGAGGGCACGACUGGGUCCAAGGACGACGGCAGCUCGAAGGACGCGCGGGAGAGCCCUGCGGCGAGCGUGUCGAGCGACAUCGGGCAGACGAAGAAGCUGAGCAAGAAGCUGGACAAGAAGAAAGAUAAGAGAAAGAGUGUGAGUGGGGGCGUUUGAGUUUGGGUUCGUCCCUCAGAGUUUCGUGGAUUUCCCCUGCAUGCAUACGAUUUUUCACGACUGUCACGAUACUGUAGUAAUACUGUUUCUUCCUGUCAUUAUCUCGUUGUCGUGCGCAUCCCGCAUCUAUGAUCCAUCGUCUGCGGUAUAAUUGUGUCUGAUAUGUAGUUGGACGUCGACGUCAGCGUCAGCUGGUGGCGUCGGCUUAU